AUGUUGUACUCCGAAGACGAAGAUAAGGACACCUUCCUUCGCAGACCCUUUAAUAGCAACUGGUCCCUAACUUGGGAACCCGACGAAGAAAUGGGAAUGGCACUGUCAACGCCCUCCAUCUUGUCGAUUGUCACCUACACACUGACGUUCUUGCUCGGUGUCCCCGGCAACGUCGUCGUCAUCUGGGUAACGGGCUUCAAGAAGACUGGCGGCAUUAGCAGAGUUGGUUUCCUGAACCUAGCCGUGGCAGACCUGACAUACUGCCUCACCCUCCCCUUCUUACUGGGCAAUGUGGCCUCCGAAAGUUCCUGGCCCAGAGACAACGUCUUCUGCAAGCUCCUUCCCGCCGCCAUCAUCCUCAACAUGUCUGCCAGCGUCUUCCUAUUGACCCUGAUCAGCAUUGACCGCUAUCUGGCUGUCUUUCAACCCUUGUGGUUCCGGCUACGGAGGACCACAGCCUGUAAGCACGUCACCUGCCUUGGGGCCUGGGGCCUUGCCUUCCUCAUGUGCUUGCCCACCCUGCUGACACGGCAGGUGAUCAGCUAUCCUGAGAUGGGCUUGAUGUACUGCGGCUUCAACAACACCGGAACUUACUUCGGGGAACAUACCAAAGUCGUAGUGGAGGCUACUCGGACCGCUUUAGCGUUCGCCCUCCCCUUCCUGAUCAUGGCAUCCUGCUACCUCCUGAUCGGCUGGAAGCUGAAGAGAGACAAAGUUGCCAAGUACAGAAAGCCCAUCCGCAUCAUAUCGGCCGUGGUCGCCACCUUUUUUCUCUGCUGGCUGCCAUUUCACAUUUGUGGCCUAGCCCAGGCUUUCUCCACCCAACCUGAAGCCUUGAUCUGGGACAACCUGUCUGUGGGCCUGGCUUCCCUCAACAGCGCCCUGAACCCCAUUCUCUAUGUCUUCAUCAGCCACAACUUCCGCCAGGUUUUCAAGCACUCCCCGACCACCUUGUUCCUCCAGGCCUUCGCCGAUCAGCCGGAUGGAGUCGAUUCACAGCAAGCCGAUCAGUCUAACCAACGCGGGUGCCAAGUCUGA